CUCUGUGACAGCCACCACAACGCGACCGUCGCGACAGCUGCGACACCGGGAGGCGGCACCACCGCACUACUUCUCCUGCCGGCAGCGGAAGGAUCCGCGGAUGGCCGUCAUUGCCUCCUGUGUUCCCGCCCGGCCUACAAACGGUUCCCGGGGAGGCGCCUCGCGCGCGUGGUAUCCGUGCGCCGGGCUCGCUCGCGGAGGGGACGGCGGCCAUUUUGUUUAGUGCUGGUGCGAGGAUCAAAACCGGGCAAAAACGUGCAACUCCAAGAGAAUGAAAUUAGAGGACUGUGCUUGAAAUCCAGAGAAAUCUUUCUGAGUCAGCCUAUUCUGCUAGAACUUGAAGCUCCCCUGAAAAUCUGUGGUGACAUCCAUGGACAAUACUAUGACUUGCUCCGACUCUUUGAAUAUGGAGGUUUUCCACCAGAAAGCAACUACCUGUUCCUUGGAGAUUACGUUGACAGAGGAAAACAGUCUUUAGAAACAAUUUGUCUUCUGUUGGCCUACAAAAUCAAAUACCCAGAGAAUUUUUUCCUUCUCAGAGGGAACCAUGAAUGUGCCAGCAUCAAUAGAAUUUAUGGGUUUUAUGAUGAAUGUAAGAGAAGAUACAAUAUUAAGCUGUGGAAAACCUUCACAGACUGUUUUAACUGUCUACCAAUUGCAGCUAUUGUGGAUGAGAAAAUAUUCUGCUGUCAUGGGGGUUUGUCACCAGACCUGCAGUCGAUGGAGCAGAUCAGACGAAUCAUGCGGCCCACUGAUGUACCAGACCAAGGUCUCCUGUGUGACCUCCUGUGGUCUGACCCUGACAAGGAUGUCUUGGGCUGGGGUGAAAAUGACAGAGGAGUGUCCUUCACUUUUGGUGCUGAAGUGGUUGCUAAGUUUCUCCAUAAACAUGAUUUGGAUCUCAUAUGUAGAGCUCAUCAGGUUGUUGAAGACGGAUACGAGUUUUUUGCAAAAAGGCAGUUGGUAACUCUCUUUUCUGCCCCAAAUUACUGUGGAGAAUUUGAUAACGCGGGUGCCAUGAUGAGUGUGGAUGAAACACUAAUGUGCUCUUUCCAGAUCUUGAAACCUGCAGAGAAGAAGAAGCCCAAUUCCAGCAGACCCGUAACACCUCCCAGGGGUAGCUGGAACUUGUGACAAACCCAAGUUCUCCUCAGUCCCUGUCUUGUGCUCUGGAAAGAGUGGUAAGAUCUGAGGCACUCCCUUGCUUUGGGUAUCACUCAGUGACACGUCUCUAAUUUCUUCAAAAUAAAGAGUGUCCCCAUUGCCAUCCA